UCACUAUUCAUAAAGACAUGUAUAGGGCUAGUUUUUGCGAGUGUGAGUAGGAUUUACCGACACUGAAUGUAUUCCUCAUGGCUUCUGCAUCGUCAUCUGAUAUUUGUCAGCCAUGAAUAAUGAUGAUUAUGGACAUAGAUGGCAGUACAGCAUUUUCAUUUUCAGGUUUUUGAGACACAAGGUCAGUAUGAUGAAUACUGCGACAGACGAUGCCUCAGUACGCGACAGUGUGAGAGACUAUUAUGGGAAGAGACUGAAGACAGUGGAUGACCUUCAGACUCAGGCAUGUGUGGCCCCUGGAAGAAAGGUUUCUAAAUCGUUAAAAGAAGCCAUAGACCUUGUUCACGAAGUUGUCUCUUCGAAGUACUAUGGAUGUGGGCUUGUAAUCCCAGAGAAGCUUGAAGGGAUGAAGAUUUUGGACCUUGGGAGCGGCAGUGGUCGUGAUUGUUUUGCACUCAGUAAGCUGGUUGGUCCUACAGGUCAUGUGACAGGAAUCGACAUGACAGAUGAACAGCUUGAUGUAGCCCGAGAGUACAUAGAAUAUCAUACAGAGAAGUUCGGCUAUAAGGAACCGAACAUUGACUUUGUAAAGGGUUACAUAGAGAAGCUAACAGAUGCAGGACUGCCAUCAGACCACUAUGACAUCAUCGUCUCCAAUUGUACGGUGAACCUGUCCACCGACAAGAAGGCUGUCCUGCAGGAGUCCUACAAUGUCCUCAAGGAAGGUGGGGAACUUUUCUUCAGCGAUAUCUACGCGGAUCGAACUUUGGAAGAGUCAAUACGCAAACACAAAGUAUUAUGGGGUGAGGGCUUUGGUGGAGCUCUAUGGUGGAAGAAGCUACAUGACCUGGCUAGUGAGACUGGCUUUAGCAAGCCUUACAUGGUCAGCACAUCACCUAUCCCCGUCGACCGGGAGGACUUCAAGGCAAUCGUAGGUGACACGAAAUAUGCAUCAGUGACCUACCGCUUGUUCAAGCUGCCAGUCAAAAGGAUUGAGGAUACCCAAGUGAUGUAUCAAGGGAACAUACCCGGCUUUGAGGAAGAGUACAAGUUUGAUUACAAAACUAAACUGCGGACCAAUGAUAUCAACUUGUUAGACGGAACAAUUGCAACAGCCCUCAAAUCAUCCAGGUUUUGUGAUGCGUUUGAUUUUCAACCACCAACAAAGAAAUCGUGUGGUACAUCAACCUGUUGUGCAGACUCGCAGCUCGAAGACCCGUUUGUAUACUUGGAACAGAGAAAGAAGAAGAGAGAAGUUGUGAUCCCGAUAGUGUGUCCAGCAAGACCAUGAUGUUAGAGUCGGAUCAACGUUAACGUGUUGAUGAAAUCCCGGUGCUUUUUAACAUAGCCAGAAUUGGAGAUACAUUUUCUCAGACAAUGUGCAGAAUGAUUAAAUACCGCUAUUCAUUUGGUACUGUCUUCAACGUUUUAUGAAAAAAAUCAAAUUAUUGAAAAUCAUUUAUGUGAUACAUGUCUUUUGAAGUGACUGAAAUAUUGAAAACAUGUCAAAAAUAUUUUUGUGAUAAUUCAUCGCCUACUGUACUGAUUUAACAUUAACUACUCAUAAAAUCUUUUAUCACUAUCUUAAAUAUUUCUGGUGACCAAGACGAAAGGAAGGAACCCAAUAUCUUUCUAUGAUGUAAAAACGAAUAUAAUAAAGAAUCAUUCACAAACUGUUCUUUACAAUAUCUGUUCUAUCAGCUGAAAGAGAAAAUGAUUAGAACACAAAAACUAUAGCCUUUAUAGUGGAGCAAUAGACAAUACAUUGCCUUUAUCGGGAUUGUCGAAAGCGUAAAUAGAUAAAAACAAAAGUAAAAAUCAUUAUUGGUCAACUGCACAUAUAUUUUAUGUCUAAUACAGCAUAAGAAUAACAUAAAAAUUUUGCUUCCACAUUGAUAUAAUGUAGUUUCAGACAGGGAAUGCAAUCAUAUAUAAACUUGUAUCACAACCAUGUAAACAGAUAAUAUCACAAGACAGUGCACGUGUCAUAUUCCAGAUCACACUGUACAUUAAUGUAAUACGCUGUUCUUGUAUAUACAUGUAUUGUAUGACAUUGUUUCAUCAUCAUCAUCAUCAUCAUCAUCAUCAUCAUCAUCAUCAUCAUCAUCAUCAUCAUCAUCAUCAUCAUCUACCUGGACAAGAAUUAUCUCCGUGUGGGGAUAGUGUAAUGAUGUACUAUCAUAAUGUAGGUGUAUAACAUUGUGUAAUGCUGUACUAUUAUACUGUACAUGUAUAAUACUGUGUA